AGGAAAUAAUCUGCAUAAUCUUGAUAAUUAAGACUAAAAGAAUAUGUAAAUAAGUGAUAUUCAUAUAGAAUAUUAAAUUUAAUUUUAUAAAAAUGUGGCAGUUGAUGCAAAUGCACUCUUGCCAGCUCGUGAGACAGAGGUUACUAACAUCAAAGGCUAAUGUCUACUUUACAAAUAUAAUUAAAAACAAGCCUUCAAAUGUCGUUAAACGGUACUUUUCGGAGGUGAAACCAGCGGCAGAGAAAAAUGCUAAAUCUGAUUUAUUACUGCUCUGUAGUCCUUGGAAGUUGUGUACCGGGGUCAGUUUAGCACUCGGAGCUCGUUACUUUUUAAGUAAUGGCCCUGCAUAUUGUAAAGCUGUGGUGGGUCAUUCGAGGAUAAUACAAAGAAGGCCAAAUGUUGAUGAAGAUACUGCUAAGUUUGAUUGGGAGAAAUUUGUAUCGUAUCUACAGCCUCAUAAGUGGCUUUUAGUUGCUGCUGUUGCGUCAGCAUUAGUAGUGGCUUUCUUGAACGUGUACAUUCCAGCGAUAUUAGGAGAAGUGGUGAAUGUACUGGCUAAUCAACGUCAUAACCCAACGGCAGACUUCCUGGAUGAUAUCAGAAUACCUGCGCUUAAACUUAUUGGAUUGUAUAUGGGACAGGCUGUAUUUACAUUCCUGUACAUUCACUUACUAUCACAAAUCGGAGAGCGAGUCGCCUCUGAGAUGAAACAAGACUUAUUUGAGUCCAUUCUGAGGCAGGAUAUGGCAUUCUUCGACCAGGAGAGGACUGGGGAACUUGUUAAUAGGAUCACAGUUGAUGUACAAGAUUUCAAGAGUUCCUUCAAACAGACUAUUUCAGGUGGUCUAAGGGCCACUACACAGGUAGUGGGAUCCUCAGUGAGCCUUCUAGUCAUAUCCCCGCAGUUGACUGGACUCACUCUACUAUGUAUACCGUCAGUGGUCAUCGGUGGAACUUUCAUUGGUUCACUGCUUAGAAAGCUCUCUAGGGAAGCACAAACACAGAUAGAAAAAUCAACGUUAGUAGCAGAAGAAGCGAUAUCGAACAUGCGGACCGUCCGCGCGUUCGCGGGCGAAGAGAACGAGGCACAACUGUUCAAGCGAGAGAACAAGGCUGCUGCGGAACUCAGCAUGGAGCUAGGACUUGGCAUCGGGCUGUUCCAAGCAGGGACUAAUUUGUUCCUUAAUGGCAUGGUGCUAGGUACAAUGUUCAUGGGCGGGCAUUUAAUGUCGUCCGGCCAGAUGUCAGCGGGCGACGUGAUGGCCUUCCUGGUGAACGCUCAGACGGUACAGCGAUCCGUCGCUCAGCUGUCUCUGCUGUUUGGAGCCGUUGUGAAGGGCAUCAGUGCUGGAGGACGGGUGUUCGAGUACAUCAACAAGAAGCCGGUGAUGGACAAUUCUGGCACACACAUGAUCAAGUACCAUGAGUUCCAUGGUGAUAUAGAGUUCAAGGACGUCACCUUUGCGUACCCGACUCGACCAGAUGCGGUUGUAUUGAAGAACUUUAACCUAAAGAUCCCGGCUGGCAAGACUGUAGCUAUCGUUGGUACUUCUGGUAAUGGAAAGUCUACUAUCGCAGCGUUAUUAGAAAGGUUCUACGACGUAGACUCGGGUUCAGUAACGCUGGACGGUAUCGACGUCCGUCUGAUGUCGGGCUCGUGGCUGCGCGGACGGGCGCUCGGCCUCAUCGGGCAGGAGCCCGUGCUGUUCGCCACCAGCGUCAGGGAGAACAUACGGUACGGACGACCUGAUGCUAGCGAUGACGAGGUGUACCGAGCAGCUCAAACGGCGAACGCUCACGAUUUCAUCCUCAACUUCCCCGAGGGAUACGACACGCUCGUGGGGGAGCGAGGGAUGUCCCUCAGCGGGGGACAGAAGCAGAGGAUAGCCAUCGCCAGGGCCGUCAUCAAGAACCCUCCGGUUAUGAUACUUGAUGAGGCUACUAGUGCCCUAGACUCAGCUAGCGAGAAAGUAGUACAAACAGCGUUAGAGACGGCGGCUCGGGGCCGCACCGUGCUCGUCAUAGCGCAUCGACUGUCCACCGUCAUGCACGCUGACCUCAUAGUCGUGCUGAACAAGGGACAUAUUGUGGAGAUGGGUACCCACAGUCAGCUGAAGAAACAGAAAGGCUUUUAUUGGAACCUGAUAAAGCAGCAAGAUCAAGACGCCGCAUCCGAAACAGCUUACGCGUUAUGAAAUUUGAAAUAUUUAUUUAUAUGAAAAUUA